UUUCAAGCUCUCUCUCCCUCCAACAAUGGCGGCAAAACUAAAACCAAACCCUACAGCUUCCUUCUUCUUCUUCUUCAACCUCCUCCUCCACCACUGCGCCGCCCACCCCGACGCCACCCCUCUCCUCACCUUCAAAUCCACCGCCGACCCCUCCAACUCCCUCCUCACCUCCUGGAACUCCUCCUCCGACCCAUGCACCUCCUGGCUCGGCGUCUCCUGCCUCCACAACCGCGUCGCCCACUUAAUCCUCGAAAACUCCACCCUCCAAAACCCCCUCCCCCCCUCCCUCGCCUCCCUCAUCCACCUCCGCGUCCUCAGCCUCAAGCAAAACCGCUUCACCGCUCCAAUUCCCGACCUCUCCAACCUCACCUCCUUAAAUCUCCUCUUCCUCUCCGAAAACCGCUUCUCCGGCGAGUUUCCGCCCUCGCUAAUUUCACUCUCCAACCUCUACCGCCUCGAUCUCUCCCGCAACCGCUUCUCCGGCGAAAUCCCCCUCUCCGCCAACCGCCUCACGCAUUUGCUUACCCUCCGCCUCGAGGAGAACUCCUUCUCCGGCGCAACUCCCGAUUUACACUUGCCGAAUUUGCAUGAAUUCAAUGUUUCGGGGAAUAAUCUCACCGGAGCUAUACCUAGCUCGUUUUCUAAAUUUCCUGCGUCGUCGUUUUGGGGGAAUCCGGCAUUGUGCGGGCCGCCGCUGGAGAAAUGUGGUGCAAUUGCGUCGCCGGUGAGCCCUAAAACGACGGUCUCCUCCUCUCCGACUGCAAUUCCGAAAUGUGGUGCAAUUGCGUCGCCGGUGAGCCCUAAAACGACGGUCUCCUCCUCUCCGACUGCAAUUCCGGUGGAGACUAACCCUAAUUCACCAGCGAAAGCGAAGCACAAGGGUAAAUUUAGCAACAUUGCUAUAAUUGGUAUUAUAAUUGGGGAUUUAUUUGUUCUAGGGUUAGUUUCUCUGCUUUUAUAUUGCUAUUUCUGGAGGAACUAUUCGAGUAUGCUGAAUUCGGAGAAGAGCAGUGUGCAAGCGGAGAAAAUCGUGUAUUCGUCGAGCCCGUACCCGAACCCGGCCCAGUCGGAGAGGGGGAAGAUGGUGUUCUUCGACGGGGAGAGGAGGUUCGAGCUCGAGGACUUGCUGAGGGCGUCGGCCGAGAUGCUGGGGAAGGGCGGGUUUGGGACGGCCUACAAGGCGAUUUUGGACGACGGGAAUGUGGUGGCGGUGAAGAGGUUGAAGGAUUUGAAUGUGGCCGGGAAGCGGGAAUUUGAGCAGCAGAUGGAGGUGUUGGGGCGGCUCCGCCACCCGAAUUUGAUCGGGUUGAAGGCGUACUACUUCGCUCGGGAUGAGAAGCUGUUGGUUCAUGAGUUCAUGCCUAAUGGGAACUUGUUUUGGCUACUUCAUGGUAACCGAGGCCCGGGUAGGACUCCGUUGGACUGGACCACGAGGUUAAAGAUCGCAGCAGGAGUAGCACGGGGUCUAGCCUUCAUCCACAGCUCGGGGGCCCUCCUUAAGCUCGUGCACGGCAACAUCAAGUCCACGAACGUCCUCAUCGACAAGCUAGGCAACGCCAAGCUAUCCGACUACGGCCUCUCGGUCUUCGCAUCGCCCUCGUCCGCCCCUAAAUCCAGCGGCUACCGCGCCCCGGAGGCAGCUCUGGACGGCCGGAAGCUGACCUCGAAAUCCGAUGUCUACUCGUUCGGGGUCCUACUGCUGGAGCUCCUGACCGGGAAAUGCCCCUCGGUGGUCGACAGCGGCGGGCCGGGGAUCGGGUACAGUGGGGUCGUCGAUCUGCCGAGGUGGGUGCAGUCUGUGGUGAGGGAGGAGUGGACGGCCGAGGUGUUCGACCUGGAGCUCAUGCGGUACAGGGAUAUCGAGGAGGAGAUGGUGGGGCUGCUGCAGAUCGCGAUGGCGUGCACGCAGGCGGCGCCGGAACAGAGGCCGAAGAUGAGCUAUGUGGUGAAGAUGAUAGAGGAGUUGAGAGGGGUGGAGGUGUCGGCAUCGGACGACGCGCUUGAGUCGGUGUCGGAGUCGCCGUCGGCGUCGGAGGAUAUCUGCAGAGCUAGUGAAUGAUGGGUGGUUGUGGUGGCCGAUGUUAGAUUGAAUUCGGAUUUAGAUUUGUUGGUUUCUUUAGAUUAAGUUUUGUAGGAGUAUAUCAGAGUACUUGUUUUGAGUAGGAUGAGUAGCUUAAAUUCGGUUAGUGUAAUAUGCCUUGCAAUCCAAAUUUAUUUCGCACUACGGUCUAGUAUAAUCGAAU